CAUGCCUUGCAACCGGUGAAGGAGCCAAGAUGGGGGUUUUGCACCAACUCUACCUCUUGCUGUGGAAGAAUGUGACCCUCAAGCGACGGAGUCCGUGGGUGCUUUCCUUCGAGAUCUUCAUCCCUUUGGUCCUCUUCUUCAUUUUGUUGGGGCUACGGCAGAAGAAACCCACCAUCCCUGUGAAGGAAGCUUACUACACAGCGGCUCCACUCACCUCGGCCGGGAUUUUGCCGGUGAUGCAGUCCUUAUGUCCUGAUGGACAACGAGAUGAGUUUGGGUUCUUGCAGUACUCCAACUCCAAGGUGACUCAGCUGCUGGAGCGGUUAAAUGAGGUGGUGGAAGAGAGUAACCUGUUUGAUCCGGAUCAUGCUGGGCUGGAAGAGGAGCUGGAGUCCUUGCGGCACCACCUGGAGUCUCUCAGCAGCAAUGAACCCAGUGCCAUGGAGACCCACUUCAGCAACCAGGCAGCACCUGGCUUCACGCUGGACUCCGUUGCCAAGGACAAACUUGAAUUCCACCGGUUUCUCACACGGAACCUUUCCCUGUCCAACGAGACAGCUGAGCUACUGACGGGGUCCAGCAUUAACCUUCAAGAGGUGUACCAGCUGUUCUUUGGCACCUCUGCCUCCUCUGCGGAUGGCUCUCAUGAGCCCUGGGACCGAUUUGGCACCGCUGAGAAACUGCUUCAGCUUGAGGAAAGCCUUCUGGGCAGCUUGCGGACAGUGGAGGAUGGGUUGGUGCGUCAGGCUUUGCGCUAUCCCCAGAGGGCCCCCCCCAAGAAGGCCCUAUUGCACCUCCUGUCCCAUGCCUUGGGCCUCACCAACCCCCCUGCAGAGCCCUCCACUUCCUACAGUCCUCAAGCCUUUGUGAAGGACAUGGAGAACAUCCUUUUCUUGCCUUCUGUGCUGGAGAGCCUCACUUGCAGGCAGAGCCAGGAUGAGCUCAAACACAUCUUGAUGGUCCCAGAAAGCCAACGCCCCCUCCUGCGAGCAUACCAAGUUGCUGUCUGCAACAAGACUGCCGGCCUGCGUAAGGACUACUUCAGCCAGCUAGCCACCGAGCUGAAGGAACAGCUAGAUGCUCGUAAGGUCAUCAGUCAGCUGAAGCUUGAUGAAGUGAACGGCACAGCUGCUCGGCGUCACCUCCACGCUCUGCUGGAAGACCUGAUGGAGAUGGAGAAGGUCCUGAAGGACGUGGACAUCCUCUCAGCACUGGCCAAGCUGCUUCCCAAGGGAGCAUGCUCCACCAAAGUUCCUCCCACUGCCUCGAACGGCACUGGCUCUGGAGGGAAUGUCACCUCCAGCACAAAUUCCAGUGCUGAGGAGGGUAAAAGCGAGAUUGACCCGCCUACCGAGAACCCCCAAGGGCAGUGCUCGGCCUUUGUCCAGCUGUGGGCAGGGUUGCAGCCCAUCCUUUGCGGCAACAACCGGACUAUUGAGCCAGAGGCCCUGAAGCAGGGGAACAUGAGCUCGUUGGGGUUCACCAGCAAAGAGCAGCGGAACUUAGGUCUUCUUGUUCACCUCAUGACAAGCAAUCCCAAGAUCCUCUAUGCUCCAGUCGGUACCGAGGUGGAUAAAGUCAUCCUGAAGGCAAAUGAGACCUUUGCCUUUGUUGGGAAUGUUACUCGCUAUGCCCAGGUCUGGCUGAACAUCUCGACUGAGAUCCGCAGCUUCAUGGAGGAGGGCAGAUUGCAGCAGCGGAUCAGCCGGUUGCAGCAGAUUGCUGCAAAUCUCAGCAAACAUCCUGAAAUCCUGAAUGUUUCAGACAGUGACCUGCUCCAAAGCUUCUUGGACAGCAACUUUUCAUUGCCCAACACGAGUGCUCUUGUGCAGCAGCUGGACACCAUUGAUAAUGCUGCUUGUGGCUGGAUCCAAUUCAUGUCCAAGGUCAGCGUGGAUAUUUUCAAGGGCUUCCCAGAUGAGGAGAGUAUUGUCAACUACACGCUGAACCAAGCCUAUCAAGACAACGUCACGGUGUUUGCCAGUGUGAUCUUCCAAACCAACAAAGAUGGUACCCUCCCUCCCCACGUCAUGUACAAGAUCCGGCAAAAUUCUAGUUUUACAGAAAAGACCAAUGAAAUCCGCAGGGCUUACUGGAGGCCAGGCCCAAACACCGGGGGGCGUUUCUACUUCCUCUAUGGAUUUGUCUGGAUCCAGGAUAUGAUGGAGCGAGCCAUCAUCAACACCUUUGUAGGACAUGAUGUGGUGGAACCUGGCAACUAUGUGCAGAUGUUUCCAUAUCCAUGCUACACCCGGGAUGACUUCCUGUUUGUCAUUGAGCACAUGAUGCCCCUCUGCAUGGUCAUUUCUUGGGUCUAUUCGGUGGCAAUGAUGAUCCAGCACAUUGUGGCAGAGAAGGAGCACCGCUUGAAAGAGGUGAUGAAAAUGAUGGGGCUCAAUAAUGCCGUGCACUGGGUAGCCUGGUUCAUCACGGGUUUUGUCCAGCUCUCCAUCUCGGUCACGGCGCUCACUGCCAUCCUCAAGUACGGAAAGGUCCUUAUGCACAGCGAUGUCUUCAUCAUUUGGCUCUUCCUUGCUAUCUAUGCAGUGGCCACCAUCAUGUUUUGUUUCCUGGUGUCUGUGCUAUAUUCCAAGGCCAAGCUGGCCUCUGCCUGUGGAGGCAUCAUCUACUUCCUCAGCUACGUCCCUUACAUGUAUGUUGCCAUCCGGGAGGAAGUGGCCCAUGACAAGAUCACAGCCUUCGAGAAGUGCAUUGCUUCCCUCAUGUCCACCACAGCCUUUGGACUGGGCUCCAAGUACUUUGCCCUGUAUGAGGUGGCAGGCGUGGGCAUUCAGUGGCACACCUUCAGCCAGUCGCCUGUGGAAGGGGAUGACUUCAACCUGCUCCUAUCGAUGAUGAUGUUGAUUAUCGAUGCUGCGGUCUAUGGGAUACUGACGUGGUACAUUGAGGCUGUGCAUCCGGGAAUGUAUGGUCUUCCCCGGCCCUGGUACUUCCCGUUCCAGAAAUCCUACUGGCUGGGGAACGGGCGCACAGAGGCCUGGGAGUGGACUUGGCCGUGGUCGCGUACCACCCGCUUGAGUAUCAUGGAGGAAGAUCAAGCUUGUGCCAUGGAGAACAGGAGGCUGGAGGAGACUCGUGGCAUUGAGGAGGAGCCAACCCACCUUCCACUGGUGGUUUGUGUGGACAAACUGACCAAAAUCUACAAGACAGACAAAAAACUGGCCCUGAACAAGCUGAGCCUCAACCUGUAUGAGAACCAGGUGGUGUCAUUCCUGGGCCAUAACGGAGCUGGCAAGACUACAACCAUGUCCAUCCUGACAGGACUCUUCCCACCGACAUCCGGCUCUGCUACCAUUUAUGGCCACGACAUCCGGACAGAGAUGGAUGAGAUCCGCAAGAACCUGGGCAUGUGCCCCCAACAUAAUGUCCUUUUUGACAAGCUGACUGUGGAGGAGCACCUGUGGUUCUACUCGCAGCUGAAGGGCAUGGCGGAAGAGGAGAUACGCAAGGAGAUGGAUAAGAUGAUUGAGGAUCUGGAGCUGACCCACAAGUGCCACUCGCUGGUGCAGACGCUUUCAGGUGGGAUGAAGCGGAAGCUGUCGGUGGCCAUCGCCUUUGUUGGGGGAUCGCGGGCAGUCAUCCUGGACGAACCCACGGCUGGCGUGGACCCUUAUGCAAGGAGAGCGAUUUGGGAUCUCAUCCUCAAAUACAAACAAGGAAGGACCAUCCUACUCUCUACGCACCACAUGGAUGAGGCUGACCUCCUCGGUGACCGCAUUGCUAUCAUCUCGCAUGGGAAGCUGAAGUGCUGUGGCUCACCCCUCUUCCUGAAGAGCACUUACGGUGACGGCUACAAACUGACUGUGGUCAAGAAGCAGUCUGACUCCCGGACCAACACAGACGCUGGGCAGACUCAUAGCCCCCCAACCCACUCCUCCGUUAGCCCCUGCUCCGAAGUACGGGUCACGCAGUUCAUCAAGAAAUAUGUGACUUCCUGCCUUCUCAUCUCUGACACCAACACAGAACUGUCCUACAUUCUACCCAGCGAUGCUGUCAAGAAGGGCUGCUUUGAGAGGCUCUUUCAGCACUUGGAACACAACUUGGAUGACCUGGACCUGACUAGUUUUGGGCUGAUGGAUACCACUCUGGAGGAAGUCUUCCUUAAAGUCUCAGAGGAAGAUCAGUCGCUGGAGAACAGUGAUGUGGAUGUGAAAGAGUCCAAGAAAGAUGCUCUUCUGCUGCCUGUCCCCCAGCUGGGCCCAAAGCCUGAGGCCAAUGGGGAGCCUCAUCCGGCUGCAGAAAUGCUUGAGAAGCCAGAGAUGGACCUCGGCAACCUACUGGCCUCCUCCCAGCUGGCCCAGUCUCAGACGUCGCUGUGCUCCACUUCCUCGGCGGGCUCCAUCCGGGGCGAUGAAGGUGGGGCUUAUUCGGAGUUCUAUGGGGAUUACUCUCCGUUGUUUGAUAACCCGCAAGACCCUGAUAACGUCAGUUUGCAAGAGGCCGACCUGGAGGAGCCUGUGCUGCUGACAGGGCAAGGGAGCUUCAAGCUGGAGGGCUCCUGGCUCAAGUUGCGCCAGUUCCACGGGCUGAUCGUCAAGCGCUUCCACUGUGCCAAGCGCAACACCAAAGCCCUUUUCUCCCAGAUCCUUCUGCCUGCCUUUUUUGUCUGCGUGGCUAUGACAGUGGCCCUUUCUGUACCUGAGAUAGGAGACCUGCCUCCCCUUGUCCUCUCACCAUCACAGUAUCACAACUACACCCAGCCCAAAGGCAACUUCAUCCCAUAUGCCAAUGAAGAGCGGCACGAAUACCGGCUAAAGCUCUCACCCGAUGCCAGCCCCCAACAGAUGGUUGCGACUUUUCACCUGCCCUCAGGGGUGGGUGCCACCUGCGUGCUUAAGACAGCUUUCAACAGCACCUUAGACCAGCUGGUCCAGACGCUGAACCUCAACAGCAACGAGUCAAAGAUGCUGGCGGCCAAGUACUUUGACGCAAUGUGUGUGGACUCCUUCACCCAGGGCCUGCCCCUCUCCAACUUCGUGCCACCGCCCCCAUCCCCGGCUCCCUCUGACUACCCUUUCUCUCUGGACGAGGACUUGCUGAGGGCUUGGAACUCCACCACCUAUCCCUCCACCAUCAAAGAGGCGGUCACUUCUGCUCCAUCCUUGCCCCGCAUCGUCCACGAACCGGUGAAGUGUACUUGCUCUAUGCAAGGCACUGGCUUCUCCUGCCCAAGUGGGGUUGGGGGCCACCCACCACAGAUGAAAGUGGUGACGGGAGACAUCUUGGUGGACAUCACAGGGCGUAACGUCUCUGAGUACUUGCUCUAUACAUCAGACCGCUUCCGGCUGCACAGGUAUGGUGCAAUGACCUUUGGCAAUAUCCAGAAGUCCAUUCCAGCUUCCUUUGGGGCCAAAGCUCCUCCCAUGGUGCGGAAAAUUGCCGUCCGGCGAACGGCCCAGGUUUACUACAACAACAAGGGGUACCACAGUAUGCCUACCUACCUCAACACCCUCAACAAUGCCAUCCUUCGCGCCAACCUGCCCAAAAGCAGGGGGAAUCCGGCUGCCUAUGGUAUCACCCUGACCAACCACCCGAUGAACAAGACUAGUGCCAGUCUCUCUUUGGAUUACCUCCUCCAGGGCACUGACGUGGUCAUUGCUAUCUUCAUCAUCGUGGCCAUGUCCUUUGUGCCGGCUAGCUUCGUGGUCUUCUUGGUGGCAGAAAAGUCCACCAAAGCCAAGCACCUCCAGUUUGUGAGCGGCUGCAACCCAGUUAUCUACUGGCUGGCCAAUUACGUCUGGGACAUGUUGAACUACCUGGUGCCAGCUACUUGUUGCAUCAUCAUCCUCUUUGUGUUUGACCUGCCAGCGUAUACCUCUCCAACCAACUUUCCAGCCGUGCUCUCUCUCUUCCUGCUUUAUGGCUGGUCCAUUACGCCCAUCAUGUACCCGGCUUCCUUCUGGUUUGAAGUGCCCAGCUCAGCUUAUGUCUUCCUGAUCGUCAUAAACUUGUUCAUCGGCAUCACUGCCACUGUGGCUACCUUCUUGCUGCAGCUUUUUGAGCACGACAAGGACCUAAAGGUGGUGAAUAGUUACCUAAAAAGCUGCUUCCUGAUCUUUCCCAAUUAUAACCUGGGCCACGGGCUGAUGGAGAUGGCCUACAAUGAGUACAUCAACGAAUACUAUGCCAAGAUCGGACAGUUUGACAAGAUGAAGUCACCCUUUGAAUGGGACAUUGUCACGCGAGGCUUGGUUGCCAUGACGAUUGAAGGCUUUGUGGGCUUUUUCAUUACGAUCAUGUGCCAGUAUAAUUUCUUCCGGAAACCACAGCGUCUUCCUGUGUCCACCAAGCCUGUCGAGGAUGACGUGGAUGUUGCAAAUGAGCGGCAUCGUGUGUUGCGUGGAGAUGCUGACAAUGACAUGCUCAAGAUUGAGAACCUUACUAAGGUGUACAAAUCCCGCAAAAUUGGGCGCAUACUUGCUGUGGACCGCCUGUGUGUGGGCGUCAGACCAGGGGAAUGCUUUGGCCUGCUGGGCGUCAACGGAGCUGGGAAGACAACCACCUUCAAGAUGCUGACAGGGGAUGAGAGCACAACCGGUGGGGAAGCCUUUGUCAAUGGGCACAGCAUCUUGAAGGAGCUUCUCCAGGUGCAACAGAGCUUGGGCUACUGUCCACAGUUUGACGCGCUUUUUGAUGAGUUGACUGCCCAAGAGCACCUGGAGCUGUAUACCCGGCUGCGAGGCAUCCCCUGGAAGGAUGAGGAACGGGUGGUGAAAUGGGCACUGAAGAAGCUAGAACUAACCAAAUAUGCAAACAAACCUGCUAGCACCUACAGCGGUGGCAACAAGAGAAAGCUGUCCACAGCCAUUGCCCUCAUUGGCUAUCCAGCCUUCAUUUUCUUGGACGAGCCAACUACUGGUAUGGACCCCAAAGCGAGGCGUUUUCUGUGGAACCUCAUCUUGGACAUCAUCAAAACUGGCCGUUCAGUGGUGCUGACAUCGCACAGCAUGGAAGAAUGUGAGGCCCUCUGCACUCGUCUGGCGAUAAUGGUGAACGGACGCCUGAAAUGUCUUGGCAGCAUCCAGCACCUGAAAAACAGGUUUGGGGAUGGAUACAUGAUCACAGUGCGGACCAAAUCCAGCCUGAACGUCAAGGAGGUGGUGCGAUUCUUCAACAGGAACUUCCCAGAGGCUAUCCUCAAGGAAAGGCAUCACACAAAGGUACAGUACCAGCUCAAGUCCGAGCAGAUCUCCCUAGCCCAAGUGUUCAGCAAGAUGGAGCAGGUGGUGGAGGUCCUGGGCAUUGAAGAUUAUUCCGUCAGCCAAACCACGCUGGACAACGUGUUUGUGAACUUUGCCAAGAAGCAGAGCGAUAACCUGGAACAGCAGGAGACCAGCCCGGCCUGUUCUGUGGAGUCUCCGUUGCAACGCUUGCUGAACCUCUUGCGCCCCCGGGCUGCCCCGACUGAACUACGGGCCCUAGUGGUGGAGGAGCCCGAGGACCUGGAAACGGACGAUGAGGGACUGAUCAGCUUUGAGGAAGAGCGGGCUCAGCUCUCCUUCAAUACCGACACACUUUGCUGAAAAAUGGAGGGGGACACAGCCCCCCUCCCGGCUUUAAACCACAGACUCCCUCCCACCUGGCACCCACUUUCCCGGCCCCUCGC